GUAGUGUCAGGCUCUUGAAGGCUGGCCAUUUCUGUCGCCGAAUAGUGUUAUAUAGUGCUUCACAGUGUAAGCUACCAUUCGAUGUCAGAGGACUAGCAUCUCCUAUUCUGUGUGACGGAUACGGCUUCUGCUGGUGGAUUUUUGGUGCUUUUUUCCGGCUUUCGGGAUGGUCGAUUUAGCGUUUGGUAGGGGAUAAAUUGUGCGGCUUCUGACCUAUGGUAAUUGGGAGGUGUUCAAUCCCGAUAACCCAUUUCCACGUGUGAGUGAACUACAGCGCUCGGAUGCUGGGGGGAAACCUUUGAGUUUGGAAUGUUUUGGAGUGAAUUCAGGAUCGAUUCUCGCAAAAUUCGGGUGAUAAAAAGGUGGUCAUAAUAAUAAUAGUUCUGCAUUUAUGUACAUAACCCCAGUCUGCACAAUUCGAAAAUUUGUUGUCAGUUUGGUAGCAGCGCCACCAGAUGUACAAGGUGUGAUUAUGGAAUGAGAGUUAUAUGCAUCCCGUUGGAUUAUUUGUUUGCUCCAGUGCACCAGCAGCAGAUGAAAUAGUGAAAAUCGAUUCGACCGUAUGUUGAUCCUUGGCCACUGAACAAACACGAUACCGAGUAUCGCUAAUUUCACGAGGCUUUAAAUGUAAUCCUAGUCUCGGCUGGUCUGAUGCAGUAGAAUGCGUAUCUUGGUGAUGGAUCGUAAAGUGGAACAGUGUUAUUAGCACUCAUCGUCGGAAAGCUGUAAAUGUGAUUGAUUAUAGAUAGCAGCCGCGAACGAGGGAUAAAUUAUUAAUCUUUUGGUACCAGACCGUGUGGCGACCGUGCUUUCAAAGUGUAUUACAUAGCGCAGUGUAACUGAGCAUAGUGUUGAUGUGGUGCAAGAGCGACCGAGAACUGCUUCUGGAUGCUGUUUUAUGGGCCACUGUCCCAGUUUGACAUCGCCGGAUAGCGCGGUGUGAUGGUUAUUUAAUAGAUGGGAGCUCUCUAAUAAACGGCAGUGGCUAACCGAGCAGCAGACCGAGCACUGCUGUCCGCAAAACAGAUUCUUCUCAGAAUUCCAUUGGACGGAUAUGGAAAGGAAGGGACUGUCCUAAAACGCUACGCAAUCACGUUCACCAUUACGCCCACGACCCCCCUUCGUCAGGCUCACAUACAAACUGACUGACUGGGGAGUUGGCGAAAGAGCCGUUACGACGGCAUUAAUUCCCAGCGAAAAGGAUUAUAACAGUUGAAAGCCAGGAAAGCGACCGAAGUGAAAUCAUCCGGAACUGCUUCCUAAAGGUUAAACUUUGUCUUUUGUCCAUCGUUCUGGUGAAUGGAGAUCCGACACGGCAAAUAUGAAUAUUCAAUACAGAUUUACAAAAAAGUAGCUGGAGACGAGUCCAUCAGGAAGUGGUUGCAGAUUGCAAUUAGUCACAUCGUGCUUGAGAAGCAUGAAGCAAUCCAGACGGCAACAGGACCAACGCCAUCACCAGCUUCGCCUGAUCUUGGAGCGAACGAAAGAGGUUGUGAAUAUAAAGUAGUUAGUGGAAAUCGAGUUAGACAACUGAUUAAAUCGAAUUAGCCAUGUUUAUUUGAUAAGCCCGUUUUACGCCCGUUUUGCGCUUCCUGUUAAACGAAGCAAACCCAAAAACCAUAUUGCAAAACCAGAAAGUGAACAAACAUCCAUCAGUGCAGAAGUGUGAAUCAGGACGAGUAACGAAGCAAAGAACGAAAAUUAACCCCCAGCGCCCUUGAGACAAAUAUGAACACAAAGCCACCGCUCCAAGUUCCUAACUUUAUCGGUAGUAGCACCUCAUCGAGACCACAAAGUCCUUCCCUGUGUUUUUCGACCGCCUCGUCGAAGGCAGAAAAAAAUGAACCGGUGACGCUGUGUGGCUGCCGUCGAGCAUCUAAAUCACAAUGCUUCUCUGCUAUAGGUGUGCUGUUGUUGGUGCUAGCGUACACAGCAGUCGGCUCAGUGCUGUUCGUGACAUUGGAAGGAGACGCCGACGAAAGCGACAUGAUUGAAACCUCGGUGGCAGCAUCGAAACCAUAUCCUAGACAUGAUGUAGUUAGUUCAGAGCUAAGAUUAAAAACUGUAGAUCGGCUGUGGUCCAUUACGGAAGAUCUAAACAUAUUAUACAAGGAAAAUUGGACGCGACUGGCGGCUCAGGAAGUGCAACAUUUUCAGGACACCAUCUUGAGAGCAGUGAGGGCCUCCAAAGCGCAGCAAGUGACAAAUGUCCAGAGCAACGCCAAACCCUACAAAUGGACAUACGCUUCGGCAUUUCUAUAUUCGCUGACGCUGAUCACCACGAUUGGAUACGGAGGAAUUUCCCCGCGGACGCAAUGGGGCAGAAUAGCGGCGCUAAUUUAUGCUCUGUUUGGAAUACCGAUUAUCCUGCUGUACCUCUCGGCAAUGGGUGAAGGUCUUUCGGGGGCCAUGCGGUGCCUGUUUCGGCGCAUUCGUCCGUCGUCGCAGUCGUCGUCAUCGAAUAGCGCCAGCACCAGUUCGAGUCUUAGUGGCAACUCGGCUAUAAACAGUAAAUCAUCUAGCUCUGAGCUACAGAAACGCUCCCAACAGCAAAGCACAAGUUACCAUCAAACUUGGACUGGAAUUCACGACCCACAUGGUUACGGCGGAGUUGGAGCGCUAAGCAGUAGUAACAUGGGAAACAACGGGGGAAGUCACACGGGCGGUAGCGGGAGCAAACAUAAUCAAUCAGUCGUACCAAUAUCAAUCUGUAUUAUGAUACUGAUUUGUUACGUCACUUUGGGCGCCGUUCUGUUUCACAAAAUUCAGCCUUGGGGGGUGCUAGAGAGUUUAUACUUCUGCUUCACGUCGCUCGGAACAAUCGGCUUCGGUGAUCUGAUGCCGGUCGGGAAUAUUGCUCAGUAUGCUGCAUCGGCAUACAUCGUAGUCGGAAUGGCCGUUGUGGCCAUGUGUUUUAGUCUGAUACAAACCGAGCUGAUAGUAUGGCUGAAGAAGUUUGCCACCCCGGAAUCGAUUCCCUCGUCGACGGAGGACGUAGCGCUGGUAUCGGUAGCAAUGACUCCAAUAAAAUCCUGACAAAGACCCAGCGACAUCCUGCCUAAUGAGUACAACUCAUUGCCACGUCGUUCAAGUGCAUUCCAGCGAAACACACCGGCCCGACGCUCGACAGGAAUAAUGGAAAACCAUGUGGAGUACUUUGUACCGAGGAGUGUGAGCGAAUUCAAUCUAUCCGGGGUGGGCGAUCUGGCCCUGCCGCCAACCAAACGCAGUAUGAUAACACACGCCGGCAGUUCCACAAUGAUUGCAAUUUCAACGAAGCCACGGGAAAAAAUGGUAACGUUUGAGGAUGAAUCCAAAUGCCCCCACGGGCUGCCAACCACGCCCAGGAAGUCCACCAUGGCGAACGACGUGUUCAUGUGACGGGAGGGUUCCUGAGACGAAACAAUUCAAUGCCCGGGAGACAUCAUCAAAGUCUGAUAGUAAAUGUCAUCUGUACCCCAUUAGUUCAUUUUCCUCAUCGCAUGGUUGGGCAUUGAUAGAUCAUCCAAUUCAUCAGGGUGUUUUAAAACUUUCUAUUAUACUUAGGGCUUCAUGACACUCAACCAAAUAUGCAGACGUUUUGUAUGAGUUCAAGCGUUUCAGGUUUUUUUUCAGUGGGCAGAAUUAAUUUAAUUGAAGAUGAUUGUACCACGUUUAGAAACAGGAGAAUUUUCAGACGUUUAAGAAUAGAACAAUCUUUCACGGAGAAAUAAACAACAUACGAAAUUUUCAUCAACAUAUCAAUAUAACAAAAAUUUUCACAUUUUUUUUGCAUGCAAAAUUUGAAACAUUCCAUAGAAAAAUUCUUUAUGGACAAUAAGAAAAUUUCAAUUUACGAACAAUAAAGCAAAAAGGCUAAGUGAAUUUUCCAAGCUUUUAAAGAAUGAGUAGCUUCUAGAAGUUCAAUAGGAUUUUUUAUGGAUUUUUAUUGAUUUCUUGUGUAAAAUUUUUUUAUGGAAAAAAUAUUCAUUUUGUGAAAAACUCAGCAAUACGCCAGUACGCUAGACAGGUGCUUUCCCUACUUCUUUCGUGGGAUCAAACCCCAUCGAAGGAAGUAGUUACCCUCCAAUACAUUUUUCGAAAUAAAUCUAUCACAUGUUGUGCAUAUGCAUAAUUCGAGUUUCAGACAUAGUAAUUAAUAACUACUGCGGGUGGCUCCAUACCCGGAAUAUAGGUACCGUCAAACGGGGUGACUUGCAACGAUUUUCAAGUUUCUCACUCAAUAAUUCUGAACUAAAAGAAUUUAUUCAUUCUACUAGUGCAUGCUACUUUUAAUGUGUCCUAAUAUUAGUAACUGGACAUAUAAUCAGAUAUGCAACAAUAAUAAAAAUAUGAAAACAAUAUCAAAAUGAUGGGUGACUUGCAACACUUCAUCGAAUUCAAUCAUUACAUGUUUUUGAAACAACUUAAUCAUAGUAAUUCUUCAUCCUGACUCAUUCUUCACCACUACACUGUCAAUGCGGGGGCCUUACUUGAGGGAUCCCCCUCCUCUCAUUUCGUUUUUUUACGAUUUCAACGUAUCGAUUGAUAUUUUCAAGUCAUCGGUUUAAGUGCUUUAUGUCGAUUUAAGAAUGGGGUGCACCAUCAGUCAUUCCCAGGAUAGUUGUUUUCAAAACGGUUUUCCUUUCUUUCCCCGCCAUCCAAAUUACCACGAUUAUUUUAAGAUCAUUAUUUUGAAAAGGCAUUUCCGCAGCAAGCAGCAAACCAUCCACAAGUGUUGGAUCUUCUUGGGUAUUCAACACUGUUUGACCACCGUAAGUCUUAGUUUUACUGUUUUCUGUAUUAAAAUAAUGUGAAAUUAAUGUUGGGGGCAAAUCGUACCGCCAAGCAGCUUUCCAGGUAAACAAUUUAUUUUUUAACUUCUAGCGCUCCCUUCAUCAAAGUUUCCUUUGAAAAAUUAGCAUACAUGCGACUUCUUCCAGAUUUUUAUAUAGUUUCGCUUUCUUGAAGUUAAAACUAUCGAGUAUCAGCUGUUGCAAGUCACCCCUCAGGAGGGCAAAUUUCAAAAAAAAGUUGAUAUUACAAAAACAAAUUAUUUUAUUAUUUUACAGUUUUUGCGGAAUUACAUAACUAAUUAAAUACUGUAACUGGAGAGGGGAUCGAUUUUAGUGAAAUUAUUUUCAAUUUGCUACACGAACUUACGAUUUACGACGUUCGACUUUCAAUUGACGAAACAGUUUCACAAAAUAAUACAAAAAAAACAAUAGUGAGUUAUAUUUUCACCUGAAUACCAACUAGCCACAACAAAUACAAUGUAAACUAGGGAUGCGUGAUGACAUUAGUCGAUAUUUGGGUAUAUUUUUUAUCGUGAAAAAACAAAAUUGAGUGUUGCAAGUCACCCCACUGUUGCAAGUCACCCCGUUUGACGGUAAUUAACUUUGAAUGAACUAUUUAUGGUUAAUUUUAAUUUUUUAUGGAAGUCGCUUUAAUGUUUUUAUGAAAAUUUUGAUUUAUUUUUUUAAAAAGUUCUUUUAU